AUGUUCCUUGACAAAAUAAAACCAACUACAGAAAUAAACGACGCAAGACUGAAAGAUUGGGUAAAAGCUUUCCCAUUCACAAAAGAUAUAGUUGGUAACAUGGAAAGAAAACCAGAAUGGCUACAAAAACAUAUAUUUGGAAACGAGCUUAUUCCAUAUGGACAGGCACUGUUUGAAGAGCUUGAACCAGAAACUCAGGAAAGAGUCAUGCAAACAAUACGCGAAGACUCAAAUACAGACUAUGACAAACUCUUUCUAGGAUAUAGGUUACCUGAGAUGGGCGACCAGAGCCAAAGGCAAAAAGGACAUGGAAAUUUACAACAUACUAGUGAACAUGAGGCAAAGAUGCAACAACUUCAAGCAGAGGGCAAUGAAGGAAAAAGAAGAGUUAAAAACUCAGUCAGGAAGAAAGUAAAGCUUGGUCCACGUGGGUUCUAUUAUGACAUAUAA